GAAGUGGGCUGCAGCCCACAAAAGCUUAUGAUCAAAUAAAUUUGUCUGUAAGGUGCCACAGAGCUCCUUAUUGUUUCUAUUUAUGAACAAAACUCUGAUUCCCUUACCAAAGGGGUGCAAGCUGAGAGCAGCACAUCUGUCUCCUCUGCUGAACUCAAUAUUGCAUUGCACGCUUAGGCUUCCUGCCUGAGGCUUGAAGGGUUGUUGGCUUUUUUUUUAAGGGGGGGGGAUGGAGGGUAGCAACACAACACCCCCCUAACUCCACCUAUGAUACUUACAUUAUUUUAUUAUGGUUAUAAACUUUCCAUAACAUUAGUUUUAAUUUCUCAUGCUUAGAAUUUGCCCUACAGGUGCAGAUUCACUCUACAGAAACAGUUUUAGCUUCAGCGAUGAAAAACUUAACUCUCCAACAAUGUCAGUUCCAAUCCCGACUUUACCAUCUCCAGCAGUAACUCCUUGUAAAGCAAAGCUUGGAGACACAAAAGAGCUGGAAGACUUUAUUGCUGAUCUUGACAGGACAUUAGCAAAGUUCGUUUGUUGUGGAAGAGGACAUGUGAACAGAUCUGCCUCUGCCCAGGUAUGUGAAGUAAAAGGAUUCUUGGCAACAACAUCCCUGCCUACAGAUAAUUCCUUAGAAGCUGCAAUGAAGACUUAAUGAUAUGGAUUACUAAAAGACGCUGCCAUGUCUGACAACUGUCAAUCUUGCUAUUCAACAUAUUCAUCUUCUGAACAUAGUCAUCCUUUCUAAGCAUUUAACUGAUGCCAGUUUUGUUACUUUGCAGCAGGCAGGAUCACAUAAUUUAAGUGUGCUGAUGCUAUAUUUCCUAAAUAUAGCUUAAAUUUUAAUUUAAAAUUGCUUUUAUGAAAAUUUGUAAUUUUAUAUAGUUGAAAGCUUUAAUGCUUUUUUCUAUAAUAUAUUUUUGUAUACAAAUAAAAUCUGAACUGGAAUCUAGCUGUCUAAAAUCUCUCUGGGGGUUUAAGAAAAUUGAAACUUGGAACAUGCAUCAGAUUUUAAAAUGUCUGAUAACUUACUUCAUGAUGAGCAAAAUGCAGGCUUUAUGCAAAACUUUAGGCCUUUAAUCAAGAAAAAUGUAAAGCUGGUUAAAUGUGAUUAUUACUUAGCAUAUGGAAUACCUAUUAUGAGGAAUAAAAUAAAUUGAGGCAAAUGCUGCUUUCACACUAA